CUGGUUAGUGUCAUGAGCAGGACUGUUGGAGGCGGCCCUACUUGCCUUUGCCCUUUAAACUUUCAAGAUGGCAGCGUUCGGGGUACGGGCAAGUGUAAGAGCAGUAGUUAAUUUGAAGGAGAAGCGUCGAUUCCCUUCUCGAGCGGCACUGAUCUUGACACCAGCUGCUGUGAAGAGAGUCAAAGAACUGCUUACUGCUAAACCAGAGUGUAUUGGUUUGAAGAUUGGAGUGAGGAGUCGUGGCUGCAGUGGGCUGACCUACACCAUAGACUAUGCCGAAGAGAAGAGUAAGCUGGAUGAAGAAGUCAUCCAAGAUGGUGUUCGAGUAAUCAUAGAUCAGAAAGCACAGCUAACUUUGCUUGGAACAGAGAUGGACUUUGUUGACUCAAAACUUUCCAGUGGAUUUGUCUUUAAUAAUCCUAACAUCAAAGCAACAUGUGGUUGUGGAGAAAGUUUUUCUGUCUGACAUCCUUCAGUACACAAGGACAACCACAUCCACAGCCUUUGCAUAAAUGACUUGCCUUUGCGUUGACUGGCUUUCCAGUAUCUGGACGCUUCGUGUGUCUAUUCUUUUGUAUCUUAGUUCUGCUGAGCAGUUUUGCUAGCCCAGGUGUUGUACAAAGCUGUGAUACUGAAGCAGAGGCUAGAAUUUAGGGUUUCAUAUGCUAUCACAUGAGGAAACGCAUGAUCAUGACUGAGCUCACGUUUGACUUGUUGCGUAUUUGCCUUGCCACAAAACAGAUUAUAGAUUCGGGAACGUAUGAUCAUGACGGAGGUCACCUUUGAUUUGUGUAUUUGCCUUCCACAAAACAGAUUAUAGAUUCGGGAAUGCAUGAUCAUGACUGAGCUCACGUUUGACUUGUGUAUUUCCUUGCCACAAAACAGAUUAUAGAUUUGAGAGCGCAUGAUCAUGACUGAGCUCACGUUUGACUUGUGUAUUUGCCUUGCCACAAAACAGAUUAUAGAUUUGGGAACGCAUAAUUAUGACUGAGCUCAUGUUUGACUUGUGUAUUUACCUUGCCACAAAACUGAUUAUAGAUUUGGGCAGUCUGCAGAGUUUGGAACAUUUUUACCCAUUUUCCUGAAGAUUCAGUGCUGCUGCGUUUAUUUCACUGAAGUGGAUGUGUAUGUAGAGCGACAGUUCAGUGAUAGUAAUGAUGGGAGACCCAAAUAUUUGUUUGCAGUGUGGUUUACGUGAUGCUGUAUUAUUCAUUGCAUUAAAAUUUUUCUAUGUAGGUGAGUUUGUGACAUACACUCGCUUUUCCACAGCCACUUCAUUUUCCACUGUUGGUGGUAGAAAUCAAGUACUGCUGUUUUCUCAGGAGCAGUUUUAUACUUCACCAUGAAAAUGGGCACCUUCCCCAACCCCGGAGAGCCCAUUGUUGUGAGAACAGCAAAGUACUAUACGAGUACACAUUAAGCAAGAAGAGUGAGAAAGAUGGGGUAAGAAAUAUAACUUGUCAUCAUUCCCUUACUGUCCAGUGCUUUUUCUUUCAACAAAGAAUGGCUACCACUGCUUAGGUGGGAGUCAAAUUGUGUAUUAGUUUGUGCCUUGCAUGCUACCUUCUGCAGCGAGUCCUACUUUGUUCCUAAGGAGUUGCGCAUGCACCCAAGAUUAGACAGUAUGUGGAGAUGGAGGAAGAGGAGAGGUAUGUAGGGUAAGCCUGGUGGUGCACAAGAAGGGGAAGAGCCCAGUAAAGGGGAACAGUCAGUCUAUGCUUGAGCAGUUCAUGCUAUAACAGCAUACAGAAAUAGUUAUACCAAGGAAAAGAAGGAAGAAAUACUGCAGGCACAGUCUGAUAAGACCCAUGGAGAAGAAAUGCACGUGGGGAAAUAUGCAGGAAUAAAUUAACUUUGGAAAGGCUAAAGUGUGGUUUGGGUUUGGUCAUAAGAAAUGAGCUGCCUAAUACAGCGGAGGCCCAUAUUCAGUUGUGGAGAGUGUGAGGAGAGUCCUUGUAUUGGACUCUAGAUGUAGCUUACACAUCUUUGUUGCCAGAGCAAAAGGCAGUGUUUUCUGAUGUCACAGUGGGUAGUUGAAUUCAUAUUCCAGUAUGGACAGUAAUUUCAGCAUAAGGGGAUUGCAGUAUUUCAAGUGCGAUCCUUUAGAUAAGACAUUUAAACAAAGAAUGGAGGUCCCCCCACUGUAACUGAGUUGUAAUAGCUUUGGCAGAUGCUUAAUGACCUCAUUGCACUUGUAGUGAAAAGCAGGCAGGUUCCCUGGUGCUUAUGUCCCUGAUUUCAUCUGAACAGUUUUGCUGUUUGCCUUGUAACAUUUGUGAUUUGUAUAACAAGAUAGUGAGGAUGAUAGUCAUGAAAUAGGUUCAUAAGUAUAGACCACUGAGGGCUUUGUAAGUUUAGGCAUGCAACCCAAAUGUAACCCAUGGGCUAUUUUGCCUUGGAGGGUAUUUUAAGGUAGGGUGUUAGGCUAUGAUUUAACAGCUGCCCCUGUCCACCAGAGACAUAAGUAUCAGAGCAGGGUGAAUUUCUGACUUCCCUUCCUCUAGUCCAGGUUUUGCUUGAAUAAGGUUAGGGAAGGGCUCGUCAUAUAAACUACUUGUACAAAUAGGUAAAACCAACAAUAUGUCUGGUGACUCUGUUCUCUAAUACCGUGGGCAAAAACUAGAAUUCACUUCACAGUGACCUAACCUCACUUUCCUCAAUAACAUUAUUCAAAAACAAACUGAAACUAUACCUUAAAACACAUUGGUUAUGCCCUUGUGCUAACGCCGACUAACUUCCUCACGUAUCAUUGGGUACUUACCACUAUUCCUGUACUAAUGUAGUUGCUUUUCUGUUGACCAUAAAGAGAGUGUGCUUUCAUAUAUUAAUUUAAUGUCAUUACAAAUGUCUUCUUAUUACUAUCCAAAUGUGACAUGUAUAAAAAGCAGUAAUGUAAGGAAAUGUAAAGAAUUGCUAAAAUCUGUAAUGCAGCUGCAUUUGUAAAAACUGUCGUAUAAUAUAAAUAAUUCUGUGUUUUUGGAGCUUUUCUCCCAGGGCCUCUACUGGAAAUGGACAUAUGUCCAGCUGGACUAGCCCGGACAACAAAUGUAAAAUAAAUUCUCAUGGAUAUGGAUCCUAUUCCAGAGAAUAGGAAUUCUUUGAGAUACGUACGUGUCCCUCUAACAUGUCCUGUUAAAAUCACAAACAAAGUUUAAAUCCUUGGAUCUGGUAGUUCUGAUGCUGUUUGUUUUGUAGAUUUGCAAAAUCAGGACAGGAUCCAAGAAUGUCUUGUAUACCAGACAUAAACUGCCUCGCAGCAGUCUGUAGGAAACAGAGUAUAGGGAUAGAGCUUUGAGACAAUCUGCAAAGGGCAUUAUGUUUACACCCUGUAUUCUGUUUGUGAGGAACCACUGUGGGCGUUCCAGUUGUUGCAUUUGCCUGCUAAGGUAAAUACCAAAGGGAGAAUUAUAUUAUGGGUAUGUUGGGGGGGUAUAGAGACAUGAUACCUUCCCUAGACUUAGAAGCCAUGAUCUUACUUAAAUGUUGAGUGAUAGUGAAUGAUUGUUUUAUUGUCUUAAGUACAUGUUGGCCUGUAGCCAGGUUACAGUCUACAUGAGUCUACAAAUCCCUGACUGCAGACUUCCCAAAGGGUACUGUUUUAUGCAUUUCUUAGCACUAAGUUUUAAGCACUGGCUUUGGUAGCAGUUAUUUGUCUGUAUUGGACCUUCCUGUAAAAAGUUGGUGUCUUGGGAGGUUUCUAUGAUUGCUCUGAGUUUGCAGUCAUGUGAAAGCUUAGCAAAUCAGAAGCCCUUGACAUUGGCUUUUACUUCUGAGAAAAUACAUACCAAAUAGGAAUGGACCCAGCACAGAGCCCUGGGAGACUACACCGGUGGCUGGCCUUUUUGUGGAGAUGGUCUCCCCAGUCCUAACCUCCUGGGUCCCAUCUGUGAGCCAGCUGGCAGUCCAGUCAAUUACAUAGAAGUUUGUCUUAAUUCCUUGAGUUUGUUUACAAUGCCUGAGUGGGGUAUUGUAUCAAGUGCCGUAGCUAGGUCAAGGUAGGCAGUGUAUACCAUUUUCCCAUCAUCCAUUGCCUUGGCGACCAUCUGAAAGAAGUCCACCGGGUUCAGUAGGCAUGAGCUGCGUUUGAUGAAACCAGACUGGGCUGGGUUCAGUAUCUGAAGAUUUCCUAUGUCAUUGUUAAUCUUUUCCAUGGCUUUGCAUAUGAGACUAGUCAGACUAAUGGGUCUAUAGUACAUGGGAUCUGUUGAUGACCUGCUCUUGAGCAGAGGGAUGACCAUUGCUGCCAUCCAUUCACAUGGCGCAAAGCCUGUUCAGAAGCUGUGGUUGAAUAUGAACUUCAAUGGCUCUGAUAGGUCAUAUUUCAGGGUAUUGAGGAGGCAUCCUGUGAUAUUAUUGGGGUCAAUCAAAGUGGUAUUCUUGGCCUUAGAGAGUGCCUUUAAGACAUGCUCCUUACUGAUGGUCAGAGGGAUUAUGUUAGAUGACCUUUCCUGCUGGAAAUGGCUGGGGAUGAAAGGAGGGCAAAGCUGGAGCUGAAUUUGUCAGCCAGAUGUGCUAUAUUUCCAAUUUCCUGAACUUGGCUUCAUUUACCAGCAGUUCAGAACACCGUUGUGUGCUGCCUUUGAGGUUUUGGACAUAGCUAAAGAAGGUAUGCUGGUUUUCUUUGGCUUGGGAUGCUAGCUUUACCUCAAAAUUUGCUUUGUUGGACUUAAUUGUCUUAGUUAUCUAGUCGGUUUGAUUAGAGAAAUUUUAUAGUUUCGGUGUUACACUUCCCAGUUUUAACUAUGACUUUUUUACUUUUGCUUUUCAGCCUGUUUAGUUUUGGAUUCUACCAGAGUGGUUUGUUUUUGGAGUUAGUUUUGAGCUUGCUUCUGGUAGGCACAGCUCUCUCCAUGCAGUCAUUAACAUGGCAUCUGUGAAUAAUUCUGCAUUGGCUGCUGUGUUGUCUGGGUUUGGAGGGAGUUGAACAUUUGACAAGUUAUCACUUGGUAAAAAGGUAGUUUGCCUUUGAGUAAUUGCUAACUGUGACAGGUUUACUGGGGUUAAAGAAUUGAUUUUUAUUUAGGAGGAGACUGCUUUGUGGUCUGGGCUUACAGAAAGGACACAACACCAGAGGAGGGAGAGUGCAGUGUUCUCCCAUGUCUGGGAGUACCAGGUCCAAUAUGUUUGUACCUCUGGUAGGUGUAUGCACUAUAUGGUCCAGGGUACUUGUGUUUACAAUCUUUAGGAGUCUCUGUGCCUGAAAAUUUGGGGUCAUGUAGGAUUCCCAGUUUAUAGAGGGAUACAGUCCCCCAUGAGUAUAGUAUUUGAAUGGUGAGUGUUUCCAGUAGGUCUACGUAUGAGCUAUUGGUUUUAUGGGAAUUAACCUUUGGCUUGUUAGGAUUUGGUAUGGGACUUUGGUUAAACAUGAUGACAAACUAGAAGUAUGCUUGUUAUUGAUGUUGAUUGAGGCAUCUCCACCUUUAGUCCCUGCCUGUGAAGUUGGAGGUAUAAAUGUGUGGAAGGCAUUGAAGCCUUGCCCUGCCAGGUUAUUCUCUGCAGCUUAAAACCAUGUUUCAGUAACUGCAUCGAUAUCUUCAUUCUCAAGGCCGAGGAGAGCUUUGAGGGAAUGGAGUUUCUUGUUUAGAUUCCUGGCAUUUAGUGUAUACAUUACAGUUGUAGAGUACUUCUUUACUGAAGUGAUUUGGAUUAGUAUAUGUAAAAAUGUCCCUUUUUUUGGUUUUGUACCUAACUCGAGUGAAAAGGCUGAGAGUUGUUCUGUUCAGUUUUCCCUAGUCUGUAUAAACACCUUCUUGGAGAUUCCUGAAAAGGACACUAGGUCUCCAAUCAGCAAAGUGAAGUUAAUGAACUUUUAUAUUUCUAGGGAUCCAAAGAAUAAAAAAAGGAAAAACAACAAAAGGCUGCUGUUCCAAGUUUAAUACAUUUCAAAGGAGGACACCUUCAAGCCUUCCUUGAAGGCUAUACAGCCAAGGCACUAGAGUUUUAUGAGUGUUCUUUGAAUUGUAUUAAACUUGGAACAGCAGCCUUUUGGUGUAUUUUUAAGUUGUUUCCCCUGCCCAAGGCUAACUACUUGGCCACCUCCUUUUAAGGUGAUGUUAUUUUGAUGGAGAAAGGCCUUGCACAAUUUCUGGUGACCUAGAAUCAGGCCAAUGAUCUUCUCCCUGUUUCUCAGGAGAAGGAACCUAAACAGACAGAAAAAGGCAGCUGCUGCAGGGAAGGCAAGUCUGGUCAUUGCAGGUCUUAGAAAUCAUUGGCCCUUACGUCUGAUGUGGUCAGUAUCACCACAUCUGCACCAUCAUCAUCAUGGCUACUAAACCUGCUGCCUGGGCUUUCCUCUUCAACACUGAUCCUGUAUGUCAUUGGGCUGAACUAGUGUGUUGUGAGACAUUUUUUGCAUACCCACCUUUCUUUUUUUUUUUCUUUUACUUCUCCACUGCAUACGAGGUGGAUAUGGUCUCUUGAUUUUUAGUAUGUUUGCCUCCACAUUAAGAUAAAGAAUGUUCAUGAGAUUUGGUUAUAGGUUCGUACCAGUUCUAUACUUUUAGGUGCUGUAAAAAUCAGAUACCGUAUAAUUUUUCCUUAUCUAGAUAAUUGCGUUUUAGUCUUGAACUUCAAACUAGCUUGGCCUUAAAUUGGAUCAGAUGGUACCAAUAUCUUUUUCAGAGCUGGGUGGGAUUCAUGUUUAUUGUUGAUCUCUGAUGCCCCCUGUUCCACAAAAGCAGUUGCUUACAUUUGUAGAUGCUGCUGUUUUGAAAGCUUUUCACCUCUACAGUGUCUCUCACAAUGGAUUUUUUUGCCCUACAGAUUUUUAUAAGCAAAUUCAUGGGAGAGAUUUCCUUCCUGUGGAAUACUUUGUAUUGUUACUAGUGUUUGGUCAAGAAAUUUAGGAAAACUGACUACUAAUUAUGUCGCUGCUGAUAAUACUACGUAGUCUCUGAAUGUUGAUAGAAUUAAAUGGAGUUAGACUGGGGGCAAACCCUAUAGCCUUGCUUUGAAGAUCCAGGUUACACAGAGUACGCAACUUAAUGUUUGUUUCAUGCUGAUGCAGCCUUUCCUUGUAUCAUGUGACAGUAGACUGACUGACAGAUGCUCUGCAGGUAUGCUUUGUAACUUUGUAAAAUGGCCGGAAAUGUUUCUUAUUCAGUAUUAUCACUGUAUGCUGCUGUUUGGUGUCAAAAGGUUUAGUCUGCACUGCCAGCCCUUCAUUAAAGUGCCAUAGAAUAUAUGGUCCCUCAGCAACCCCAGUGUGAAGCUAGUACACUGAAGGAGGACACAAAAUACCACUGCCAGUAAAUGCUGAAUUGCCCUUAUGGUAUUGGUUAUGCUGUCUGUUGCGGUUAAGUUCAAGAACCAAAUACUUGACUUAUUUGUUUAUUUAGGGGUUUUGUGCAGUAAUUUGUAGAGAUGUUAUGAAAACUGCUGCCAUUACCCAUGUUGCUUGUAAAAAAGCUAUAGGAUGCAUUAUACACAAAAUGUUUGAUGCCAAUUUACAGUUAUUCUGCCUUUGUUCCCUUGUAUAUCGGGUCAAAGCAAAAGUGAAAACAAAAAAUGAAAAAAAAUGAUCCAACUUUUGUCCAGCAGCUCAUGCACAAAAGUAGUCUUGGAGCAGUUUUUUGCAGACUUGCCCUGCAUCGCAGAAAGCUGCUUUUAAAUUAACAGCUGACCACAGAUAACAUUUAAUAGUGCAAAUAUACUCAACCUUCUUCACCCUCUUGUUAUGGAUCUAGGCUAGUUUCCUGAUCACUGUUUCUUCAAACAUACCUUUCAGUGAAGGAACUAGUGAUAUAAAAAUCUGAAGUCUUUUUUUUUUUUUUUUUUGAUGAGUGGGGGACAAAGCCCUGCUGUAUCUCUUUUUUAAUAUAUUCAACUCAGGAAUUGCUACACCUUUGGAGUAAGGAGAUACACUUUUGCAUUGACCAUAAAGAGAAUGGCAAAUGGCCAAAAGUUGCACAAGCAUUUUACAAUCCCUGCAAUUAUUUUUACGCAAAUGUCAUAUUUUGAAUGCAGGAUGCAAAAUAUUAAUACCAGUGAUUUAUUUUUUUAUGUGGGGAUUGGGGUUGCAUCAAAGUUGCAUAAACUGUCUGCUGGCUCAGUGUGGAUUUAAUUAGCCUAAAAUCAACCUAGAGUUAAACAUUUGUGUAGCUUCAGUGACACCGUUGUGUCACUCAGCUCUGUUGCAUCUUUUUGUUUAACAACCCCAGUGUGUUGUGCUCAAGAACUCUUUUUUUGGGUAGGCACAAUUCAGAUUAUUUUCCGAUACUGAGAAGUAAAUGUUUGUUUGUUUUUUUUGCUGCAUGCAUCAUGCAUGUUAAGGAAAAUCCAUUGGGUUAUAUUUACUCAUUUCGGCACAGGUGAAGAACAAAAUGUCCGAGUGCGACCAUUAUAUGAAAAUGAGUCAGUGCUGUAAAAGCCAUACUACAGAAAGGUUAGUGAAGGGGCUAUGGCCCUCUGCAGCUUAUGUAACUGCUUGCAUUAUUACAUGGAAACUAGUGCAUUUAGGGGUAUGUGAUCUGUAUACACACGUUUCAUAGCAUAACAGCCACUUUUGAUGAAUGUAUUUAGGAAAAUGAGCUGCAGAGCAGCAUGAAAAAAAAUCUUUUUCCCAUGCACACAAUAUGUGUGCAUCUACAUUCAAAUUUCAUUGUUCUAGGAUACUUAAGUGCUUCAAGCAACUUUUAUGUUUUCAAGAAUUCUCUUCGUCCUUAAUUUGUUUGUAGGCAUUUCCCCAAGUGCGUGAUAUAAGAAAAGGCUGUAAUUUAGGUUACUGUGAUGGCACAGGUUGGUAAUCCCUUAAACUUUGAAGUCCAUGUCUCAUGACUUUUAAGUUUCCAGUGAGGGGUGUAUUAGUGAUGUGCUGAUAAUUAUCUCAAGUGUCAGCAGCAUGUGCUUGUGGUUGCCAGAAAUGUAUGUCAUGUGGGUCUAGUUUCUGUUCUAGUUAUCCUGCUUUUAUUCCUGGAAAGUGAUUAUUGUUUUUUACAAUCGUACCUUUUUGAUGAUCUGCUAAGAGGAGUAUAAAGUAUAUUCCUUUAUCCCUUUCUACAGAGAUGUAUAUUAUUUCUUUUCAGAAAUUGGAAGAUUGUAACUGUAGAUGUCCGGAAGCUUUGAGCAAUAUAUAAUUAAGUUAGCCUGUCUAACAGUCAUGUAGGUUUAAAAUGAUUGAUAUUGAGAAUUUCUCAGAAGGGGGAGUAAUUUGUGCCAAAUUCCUAACGGACAGUACUUCAUCUGGAGCAUAUUGAUUGAUAUUUGAGGUUAAAAGUCAGAAAACCUGUUUGGUUUACAUAUUGACUUAUUUGAUGUGUGAAGUAGUAUUUUUGUAUGUGAGGUAGUGUUAUUCUUUUCAUAAAAAUUUCAGUUUCCUGCCUACCUAUGGCCACAUGUUCUCCUUCCACUAGUACCUAUGUUAAGGAGUCCCAAAAUGGCCUGUUUUGCUUUCACUGGUACUGUACUAGAAGUCCACAUUUGAAGCAAGGCCUAUGGAAUUUCAGCGAACUUCACAUGGAGAUGAGCAAAUCUGUAGCCACACUGUCGGGCACAAUGUGCAAUUCUUCAUUUGGCCUGCUCAUGCCAGAGUUAUUGAAAAAAAUUACCAAAAAAAUCCUUGCAUCAAGUGAGGGCCCAAAAGAGAAAUGCUUGUCAGUCAUCGAGCCACACUUGCAGGAGAGAAAAAAGGCAAAAAAAUGUAGCAAGAAGCUCUUUAGUUCAUAAAACAUACUCGGUUAAAAGUCCUCCUAAUGUCAUUUAAUCAGCUGCUUUAAAUGCUUUGAUGCUACAGAUGGGUGAUACUGCAGAGACAAAUCAGUAGUCCCUUGACACUCAACACUGAAGUGCCAGUUGUACUUUAGCCUCUUGUGUCCAUGGCAACCACCCACUCUUUGCCCAAUUGUUCAUACAAAUGCAUAUAAUUAAAAACACAUGGUAUGUGAUUAUAGAGCUGUCCUGCCAUCUAACUUUCAGUUAAGAUAUAAUGGUCCCAACCAAAAAAAAAAAAACUUGGAAAGUAACUAACUGAAUGCUCACUUUAUUUAUUUAGCUAACCUUCACUAGACAGUAAAUAUAAAUGAUUAGUAGUAUUUCACUCGUUAUUAAUUAGUGGGACGUUUUGAAAAUGUUGGACAUAACAAACUCCGAGUUGUAAUUAGGGCAGGCAGAAGGGUGUGGCUCCCAUGAGGCAUAAUUUGUAGCUACUGCUGAGGCAUAAGUGUAGCAUCAACAUAAUUUAUGAAGCUGCGAGGAUAUCAGAGCUUCAUAAAUGAAUGACGAUACAUCUGCAGUUUAGUUGCAGCUAAAAGAGUAUAGUGGUAGGAAGUGUAACUUUUGGGAAGACUUUUUUGUCCUCGAAUUUAAGUUGAGGGGAGCUGCCCAGGGUGCUUGAUGACCUAGCUAAGGUUCUAGAAAAAGUGUCUGUCUCUUGGAGAUGCCUCUUAAAGAACUGCAUUUUCUAGAGUUAAAAUCUCAUGUUCCAUUUAUCUCUCUUUCGGUUUGAUAUUUUGUACUGAUCAACAGUUGGUCACUUACUUGUUCCAAGGGUUGAAAAGGCAUGGCAUUUUCUGUGGGAUUUCAGACUGGAGGGUUCAUAUGCUCUUGUAGGAUGGGGGUAUUGCAUUUAUGUUUCUGCUGUAAGUUUUAGCAAAUUUUAAAUCCUAAAAGAAGAGAGAUGCGAAACUUUUGCAUAGAACUGGGCAGUCCUUUAUAAUUUUGUACCUGUAUGCAUUUUUUUCGUUGCUAUACUUCUGCUAUGCUCCGCAGCUGUCCAUUCCAUGAUGUAAAACUUAAAUGCUUGCUUAAUUUUUAUUUACAUUUUUGUCAUGUCAGGUGAAAUAAGAAACCUAUUUCUAGGUUAUUACCUGUGGACUAAUUAUUUUGUGCUACACUGACAAACUUGAAGAGCUUUGUAUUAAAUAUAUGCAUCAUAAGUGCUGUAUUUUUAAAUUUAAAGUUUUUCUGAGACUAAAUUAUUUGACAGUUGUAAGAAAGAAUCUUGACUUUUUCAGGCUACAGUUGUUUUUAUUAGCUUGGUCUGCUUUUAAAUAACUGGUAGACAAGUGUAGUUAGGAUGCACCAGCCCUUAAAGCAUCUUCCAUCUCUGUAGAUGAUAAUUAUACCUAUUACUGUUUUGAGUUAGUAACCUGAGAAAACGACGUAUUUAAUUUAUACUUUUUGUAUUUAGAAAAUGGUUAUGUUAAAGGAAAAUAAGAGAUUGGUUCUUUUAAUAAAAAAAUCUAAUGUAGA